AUGGCACCUCUGUUCACCACCUGAAUCCAGUUGCUGCUCCUGCAGUUGGUCGGCUCCCUUGGCCUAGUAGGCUGAGCAGCUCGAGCCUUUCGCGGCCCCAAGUUUGGGUCAAGGACCACCUGGCCUGUGACUGAACCAUUACUCCUGCUUUUGGGUGUGCAGCUGGCCAAGCUAAUCCCACAGAGGAAGGUAUGGUUUACAAAGUUUGAGGCAGCCAGGAAGGAAGCUCAUGCUGUAGAUAAAAAACUUGCAAAGAAGCAGGAAGAUGAAGCCACCCUGGAAAAAAAGUGGCCCUUGUUUUGGGUUCCUUUGACAGUCAAGGAAGCUUUCCAGCUACAAGUUAUCACUGUGUUCAUCCCUUCUUCUCUCAAGGUUGUGGCUCACCUGGAAACUAUGCUAGGAGCCUCGGUUCAACAUGUUAAACUGAAGUAAAUAAAGUAUUCUUUUCAGUUGAGGAUAACAAUGAUGUCAGGAAAGGGACAUGAUGGGAAGGAAUGUGUGCAAUUUGUAGAUCUGCUUGGUGACCAUGGAAAGCCUAUCAAUACUCUGUGGCAAUUGAUCAAAUGGUGCCUGGGCCUGUCACUGCACACUAUCCCUUCUGUAGGACUGGCCAUGUUGGAGGAAAACCUCAAAUAUAGCAGUGAGAAACACAAAAAGUUUAAGGCAGUGGAAGGAAGCCUGCAUAAAGAGCUGGUGGAAAUGCUAGGUGAUGAUGGUAUCUUCUUACAUCCCUCCCAUCCCACAGUGGCUCCCAAGCAUCGUGUUACUCUGACAAGGCCUUUCAACUUUGCUUAUACAGCCCAAGAGGAUCCCCAUACGGAGGGAGCAGAACUGUUACAAGGGUAUUUUCAACAAGCUAGCACCUCAGGAGAGCAGAGAGCAACAGCAAGGCGAGAAACCUCUGAGAUUCGGGAGGAAAAUGUAAGCAUCCCUCCCCCACCUGGCUCACCUGACUGGCGCUUCAGCACAGCAGCACUUCAGCUCAGCCCCAUCCCCAGAGGCAGCGGGCCACAGGUGCCCAGCCCGACCAGCAGUGGGGUGAGCCUGCAACCUUGCACCAGAGGCAGCCGCAGCUUAGUCCCCACCACGCCACAGCCCCAGCUGCUCCAGCUGGACAAAGCCACGGCCCCAGAUUCCUCGGCUUCCCUGUGUCAUGGUCCCAGCUCUUUCGGCUGGAACAUGACCUGCCACCAGCUCCUUCGGUUUGACUGGACCCCCGGCUCCAGCUGCUUCGGCUUGACCUGUGUGCAUGGUCCAGCUGACUUGAUGUUGAAUAUCAUCCAGUAUUAUUCUGCUGGUCAGUUGAACAUAGAAGUAUUGAGUCUUUAUAUCUGCAAGAACUAG